CCCUUUAUCAUACCCACACACCGUCUUCACUCUCUCUCUCUCUUUCUCUCGCUUUGCUUCUUUGUUCUCCAAAACCCCUUUCUCAGGGUUACGAUUAGGGUUAGGGUUUUCCCACCUUCUUCGUUCACUUUCCUUCAGAUCUCUCUCCAAUUGAAGCUUCUCCUGUUCCGAAUCCUCUGUUCGUUGCUCUAUUAUCCCGAUCCGGAUCUAUGGAUUUCCGCAAGAGGGGAAGACCCGAACCCGGUUUCAACUCAAAUGGAGGAAUCAAGAAAUCUAAGCAAGAAUUGGAGUCAUUAUCAUCUGGUGUAGGAAGCAAAUCGAAGCCAUGUACCAAGUUUUUCAGCACUGCUGGCUGCCCAUUUGGUGAGAGCUGCCACUUCUUGCACUAUGUUCCGGGUGGUUAUAAUGCUGUUGCUCAUAUGAUGAAUCUAGCACCUUCAGCACAAGCGCCACCUAGAAAUGUUGCUGCUCCACCACCACCUGUGCCUAAUGGGUCCACACCUGCAGUGAAAACUCGCAUAUGCAACAAGUUUAACACUGCUGAAGGCUGCAAAUUUGGUGACAAAUGCCAUUUUGCCCAUGGUGAAUGGGAACUCGGCAAGCAUAUUGCUCCUUCAUUUGAUGAUCAUCGUCCGAUUGGACAUGCCCCAGCAGGUCGUAUUGGUGGUCGAAUGGAGCCUCCUCCUGGUCCUGCUACAGGCUUUGGUGCCAAUGCCACUGCUAAGAUCAGCGUGGAAGCUUCGCUGGCCGGAGCAAUCAUUGGGAAGGGUGGUGUGAACUCAAAGCAGAUUUGUCGUCAAACUGGAGCCAAACUAUCAAUUCGAGAGCACGAGUCUGAUCCAAAUCUUAGAAACAUUGAACUUGAGGGAAGCUUUGAUCAAAUUAAGGAAGCUAGUAACAUGGUGAAGGAUUUGCUGUUGACCCUGCAAAUGUCUGCACCACCUAAAUCAAACCAAGGUGGUGCUGGUGGUCCUGGCGGCCAUGGCCAUCAUGGAAGCAACAACUUCAAGACAAAGCUGUGUGAGAAUUUUGCAAAGGGAACUUGCACUUUUGGAGAACGAUGCCAUUUUGCACAUGGACCUGCUGAAUUGCGGAAAUGAGGAGUGGGAACUUUCUUUUAUUCAGGUGGAUUGUCGUAAUAGUCAGGACUAUAAUUAUUAUUAUUAAUAUGUUGUGCAUUGCUACUUAGUGGUACUGACAGAACUUCUGAUGCUAAGUUUUGCUGUUUUGAGUUUCUUUACUUAGCUACUUGAACCUUCCCAUUGCAACUUUCCUUUAUUUGUUAAUUGAUGCUCUCUUUAGGUUACCAA